CUCUGUCGUGCCUUGAUGACGUCACGGCAAUGGCCGCUCUGUUAGUGUAGAGCAGGGGUUAUGAUUCUGUCCGUAAAACAAAAUUAUUUCAAUAAUUACAUUGUUUCUACUUCAAACUCUGAAGCCGAGAGACGGGAUAACAACAACGCCCAGUAAUCCUGUCUCAAUAGACGUACAGGUUGGAAACGAAUAACCUCCUCUACCAAUGGAUGUGCCUGAAAGUCCAAAUCAUGACCCAAAAUCCCCAGAUGCGGAAGAGCAACAAAUCUCCGACAGCGAACUCCUGAAGGAUGAUCUCUGUGAUGAGGAGGGUGGCAGAGACUCAGACCUAGAGGAUGAGGAGGGCGAGCAGGUCUCUGAUCGCGAGGAAGAGGAGCCGGAGAUGGUGGAUUCAGAGCAGGAGGGGGAGAUAAAUCGAUCGGAGGAAGAGGAAGAUAUAGGCAGCGAGGCAGAGGUGCACAGUGAGGCCAAAUCUCAGGACUCUGAUAACGAGCAGGGCCAGGAAAAGGUUGUUUCACCUGUUAAUAGGGAAGAGGGAGAGGAGGAAGGAGAUGAGGAGCGGGUGACAGUAGAGGAGCAGGAGCAUGAGGAAGAAGAUAGGGUGAACAAUCUGAAAGAUUUGAAGGAUGAGUCCUCCUCUGUGAAUCGAGACUUGGAUGAGCACGAACUAGAUUAUGAUGAGGAGGUACCGGAAGAACCGAGCACUGUGGUACCUGGAGAGGAGGGAGAGGAAGAGGAUGAGGAGGAGGAAGAUGAGGAGCCGAAAAAAAGUCUGAAGGAAGAGACGGCAGCCAAAAAAAUGGAACAACAGAAGCCCCCCGAAAAGGGCCAGAGAGAUUCCUUCAGGGAUAAAAAGAAAGAUGAAGAUGAUGGGGAAAUUGAUGAAGGUGAAAUCGAUGAUGACGACCUGGAGGAGGGAGAGGUGAAAGAUCCAGCUGACAGGUGGAUCAGACCUCGCCGCAUCUGCAGGUUUUUCAUGAAAGGUAAUUGCACCUGGGGGAUGAAUUGCAGAUUUAUUCAUCCUGGGGUAAAUGAUAAAGGAAAUUAUUCUCUCAUUGCCAAACCUGACCCCUUCUCUCCUAAUGGGGGCCCUACUGCAGGACCUCACCCACUCAUGCCAGCAAAUCCAUGGGGAGGACCAGCAGCUGAAGAAAUCCUUCCUCCGCCCCCAGUGGAGCCCCCUGCGGAGAGUGCUUGGGAAAGGGGGCUCAGACACGCUAAAGAGGUUCUAAAGAAAGCAACAAUACGAAAAGAGCAGGAGCCCGAUUUCGAGGAGAAAAGGUUUAACGUCACCAUUGGAGAGGAUGAGAGGGAUUUUGACAAAGAGAAUGAUUUCUUUAGAGAGAGAAGUUACCGAAUAACAAGAGAAAUCCGGGAACCAGGUGAUAUGGAGUACAGGGAUACAAGCAGUUAUGGGAAUGAUCCUUAUGCUGAUCCCUACUAUGACUAUGAAAUGGAAUGCUUAUGGAGAGGUGGACAGUAUGAGAAUUUCAGAGUUCAGUACACAGAAACAGAGCCCUAUCCCUACAGGGAAAGAGAGAGGGAGCGGGACACUCGGGAUCUUCGAGACCGGCAGCGCGAGAGGGAUCGGGAGCGUGAGAGAGACCGAGAGAGGGAACGGCGACAGAGAGAGCGCGAGAGAGAGAAGGAACGAGAGAGGGAAAAGGAGAGGCAGCGCAGGAAAGAGGAGUGGGAGAGGGAUCGCCUCAAGAGGGAUGAGAAGGAGCGACCACGGGAAAGGAAGAGAGAAGGAGAGAAGGAAAAGGAGAAGGAAAAGGAGAAGGAGAAAGACAAGGACAAGGAGGAGAAGAAGGACAAGGAGGAGAAGAAGGAGAAGGAGAAGGAGAAGGAGAAACCAAAGCCCAGAUCACCACCCCCACCAAGCAGACAGAUGGAGCCGCCGCCCAAGAAAGACAUGGGGCUUCCAAUGAUCAAGCGACCGGACGAGUGGCAGGACCCUUGGCAGCGGUCGAAAUCCCCGAAAAAGAGGCUUGGUAUGAGCGGUUCUCCGAUCAGGGGACGUCGGAGACACAGACCCUCUGGGUCUUCAGUUUCUCUGUCCAACUCCUCAAGGUCGUCAUCCCGAUCAUCUUCGUACUCAGGCUCUGGCUCCUCUCGCUCCAGAUCUCGCUCCUCCCACUCCUCCUACAGCUCCUAUUCGAGCCACUCCUCCCGGCACAGCUCCUUCUCAGGGAGCCGGUCCAGAUCAAGGUCAUUUUCCUCUCUUUCUCCUUCACCGACUCCUUCAGCUCAGAGGAAUGCUGCAAAGACUAAAGCUGAUCCAUCGGUGCCCUCUGUCAAGGGUGAGAAGCCUGUGAAGAAGCCACCCACCCCUCCGCUCCCAGGGCCUCCUGGAAAAGGUGCAAAACCAGUCCCUGAGGCAGGGAAGCCAGCUGAUACCAGGGAAGGCAAGAGGAAGGCACGCCAACAGCAUAACCCACCCAGGCGGCGAACAGAGAGUGGCAGUAUCAGCGGCAGUGCCAGUAGCUUCUCCGGCUCCAGCUCCCACUCCCGUUCCCCCUCCCUGUCCAGGUCUCGCUCCUCCUCAGUCUCCCACUCCAACUCCCCCUCCGGAUCCAGGAAAUCCAGAAAAUCCAGGGGUCUGAGUGUGAGCAGCGUGUCGUCUGUAUCCAGCGCCUCUUCAAGCAGCAGUUCUAUACACAGUGCAGACUCUGAAGACAUGUAUGCAGACCUGGCCAGCCCAGUGUCCUCUGCCAGCUCGCGAUCACCAACCCCAGCGCAGCCCAAAAAGGAGAAAGGAAAGCCUAAAAAGGAAGACCCAGUCAAAGAGGAGAGGAGGAAACAGGAGUCCCCUGCAGAGCCCUCCAAACCCUCCUCUGGUCAGAAAUCAGGGAGCAGUAAAAUCUCCCAGUACCCUUCACACCAUCACCACCACCCCCAGCACCAGCCGCCUCCACCGCAGUCACAAGCGCAGUCCGGGUACGGCUCGCACAAGGAUAUCAAACUAACGCUGCUCAACAAGCAAGCUGAGAGGGGAAACAGGAAGAGAUACCAACCAUCAGAUAAAGAGAGGCCAUCGCCUCCACUGAGCAAACGCAUAGCCAUGUCACCUGAGAGAGGUCGUGACAGAAGAUUGCCUGGACGGCCACUUUCACCCAGACUAGAGCGUCCAAGAGGGCAGAACCAGCGACCACCGCCAGCGCAAAUGGAGAGGAAACGUCCCCUAUCUCCUCAACCUAAAGCUUCAAGCAAAACCCCAAGUGUGUCAGGCAAGCCCCAGACGGCCGGAUCGGCUCCUUCUGCCAAAUCAAGCAAAGCCAGCACACUGUCACGGCGCGAGGAACUCCUGAAGCAACUGAAAGCUGUGGAAGAUGCCAUUGCACGCAAACGAGCAAAAAUCCCUGGGAAAGUAUAGUCAACAAAACAGUGCAGAGAUAGGCAUCAAGAUUUUAUAUUAAAAAAAUUGUAAAAAAAAAAAAAAAAAAAAAAGACAACAAAACAUCAAAGCAGAGGUGGAGCGGAAAACUUCAGAAGAGAUGCUUUGCUGUGGACUGACUAUUAGACCCCUGCUCAUACUGCACCGGGAAAAAAAAAAAAAAGUUGGUGAACAACUUUCACGACCAGUAACAGUUUGGUAUGUAAUAUUUCAAGAGACCAGAAUAUCAGCCCUCAUUCAAAAUGUAGGGACUUUCUUAACCAAUGAUCUGUAUUCUAGUUAUUCUGUGCAGUUAGUGUUUUCAACAUUGUAUACUUCAGUUUCUUACAAUGUACAAUUAUAGAAAGAAAUGACUGUGAUGUGAAGUACUUGCCAUACUUUGUUUUUAAUCUGGCAAAAGUUUAUUUCUUCUUCCUAAAUAAAAUAAUCAUUCUUUUA